AUGGCAUCGAUAGACCUCCAGAAGCAAGUCGGCCAGCUGUUCGCAGUCGGCUUCCAUGGCUACGCGCCGAGCCCAGAGCUUAAGACGUUGAUUCACGACUAUCACGUCGGAGGCAUCGUUCUCUUUUCGCGCAACUUCCAGACGGCUUCACAGCUACAGACUUUGAUACUUGCUCUUCAAAAUGAAGCGCGACUGGCGGGGCAUACGCGGCCGUUAUUCAUCGGAAUCGACCAGGAGAAUGGACUGGUCGCCCGAAUCUCGCCCCCCAUCGCUCCCCAGAUCCCUGGACCGAUGGCUCUCGGCGCUACUCAUGACCCAGAAUUAGCCUACGAAGCUGGCAAGGCCACCGGUGACAUUUUGGGCUUUUUUGGAAUCAACAUGAAUUAUGCUCCGGUCUGUGACAUCAACUCCGAGCCGUUGAACCCCGUCAUCGGUGUCCGCAGCCCUGGCGACGAUCCGGAAUUUGUGGGACGAUUCGCCAGCGCUGCGGCGCGUGGGUUGCGGGAGCAGAAGAUCGUGCCAAGCGUGAAGCAUUUCCCUGGACAUGGCGAUACCGCUGUCGACUCGCAUUAUGGACUGCCCGUGAUCCCCAAGACCAGAGAUCAGCUCGAGCGGUGUGAACUGAUUCCGUUCCGCCGGGCUGUGGCAGAGCAAGUCGAGGCUGUCAUGACGGCCCACAUCUCCCUUCCGAGCAUCGAUGACAAGCUUCCCGCAACAUUAUCGCCUAAGGCUCUCGGCAUUUUGCGCCAGGAUAUGGCCUAUGAUGGGAUGGUGAUCACCGACUGUCUGGAGAUGGAGGGCAUCCGUUCUACAUUUGGCACGGAGCAAGGUUCGGUGCUCGCAUUGCAAGCUGGAAGUGACAGCAUCAUGAUCUGUCAUACAUUUGAGGUCCAAGUGGGCUCUAUUAGGAAAGUUUGUGGUGCAGUCCAGUCCGGUGCGAUAGAACCAUCUCGUCUGGCUGAUGCAUGCCGCCGCGUUGCUCGUAUGAAGGACAAAUUUUUGAAUUGGGAAGUUGCGUUGCGCCAACCGGAUCUGGGAGAGCUUGACGCCUUGAGCAAGAGAAUUUCAACGAUAUGUAAAGACAUGUACGAGAAAUCUGUCACCCUUGUCCGUGACAGCGCCGGGAUUCUCCCCCUUGCGAAGGACGGCAAUAUUGUGUUCCUCUUUCCGGGGGACAAAACUCCUGCCGGUGGCGCAGUGGAUGGGGAGGGGAUGGGUCGGCGGGGAUCAUACGAAGCCAGUGUCUAUUUGGACACCCUUCGACGUCAUAAUCCGUCAAUCACAGAAAUCAAAUACGGAGAGGCCGGUCUAUCGGACGACCAAUGGAGUGUCGUCAAGGCGGCUGAUGCUGUGAUUUUUGUGUCCAUCAAUGCGCGGGAAUCGCCAUACCAACAGUCGUUGGGCACCCUCCUUCCCAAGUACACCCAGUCGUUGGUCGCCAUUGCCGCCUGCAACCCGUAUGAUUUUCUCCAGACUCUGGAGGUCCAGGCAUAUCUUGCUACGUACGAGCCGACCGUUGAGGCCUUCGCGGUAGCUGCGGACAUCAUUUUUGGUGCUACGACCGCGAAAGGCACUCUCCCAGUUGGCUCGAGUCCGUCGAGGAAGCCUCAUGCGCAUGUGGCCCGAUUUGAUGCGGAGAGAGAUGUGGACCCUAUUGUAUCCGUUUGGAACGAAGCGUUGCCAACGUACGUCCUGCCCGCCGAUGGCCUACGAUCUCUGAUUGACCGGGAAAAUGCACACCACUUUGUCGCCUAUGUGGGAUCCGAGCUCGUCGGAUUCUGUCUUGCCUAUAUCAGCGGUAAAGGAGAUUUGAAGCCUGUUCACAUUGCCGUGCUGGCCGUGACACCAAAGUACCAGGGCCAAGGAAUUGGGACUGCGUUAUUAACCGAGACUCGCUCAUACUUCAGAACGCAGUUUGGUAUCAACCAACUGAAGCUUGGCAGCUCCUUCCCACGUUUCUGGCCUGGGGUGCCUCGUGAGCUUCCAGAAACCGUUCAGGAAUUCUUUAUGCAUCGUGGAUUCCGACUCAGCCCGCCGGGCGCGAGGUCAGUUGACUUGUACCAGGACAUUCGGAACUUCCAGUCGCCGGAGAAAUACAUUACUCGCGCGCAAGAACGGGGGUUCCGCUUCGCGCCACUGCAGCCGGAAGACUAUGAGGCCUGUUUAGUCGGGCAGAGACGGAAUUUCUCGGAUAAAACAGUUCGCAAUCAAGGUUGGGUGGAAGCUUACGUCACGCUGCAUCCCAAGGAUUAUCCCGACUGCGUGAUGACGGCCUUCGACGCCCACGGCCAGCAGAUCGGAUGGACCUUGAUGCUGCCCCCGGUCGCUGCACUGAACAAGGUUUGGGCUUUUCCCCAGAUAUGUGGUCCCAAGACAGGUCUCAUCGGCUGUGUGGGUAUUGACGCCCCCCACCGCAACUCCGGUAUUGGGUUAGCGAUGAUCUGUCAUGCCGUGGAGAAUAUGAAGCAGCGCGGUAUUGAGGGAGUCUUCAUCGAUUGGGUGGCCUUGGAUGGAUGGUACGAGCAGGUCGGAUUUGAGACCUGGCGCAGCUAUCGACCCGGCGAAAUCUGA